AUGAGUCCAGCUAAACGGACUACAGGAGUCAAUAUUGCAAUUGAUGUACUUCCCCUCCCCUCCCUCUCUCCUUUCCCAAACUUCUGUUUUGAUCUACUCAUCCAAAAUGCUGACUGGUAUGUCACACACAUACAGAGAGGGGGUACAUUUACAGACUGCGUGGGCAACCCAGGCACAGAUCGCUUGGAAGAUGACAUUGUGAUCAAAAUCCUAUCAGAAGACCCCAACUACCAAGAUGCACCUUUGGAGGGAAUCCGGCGCAUUAUAUCCAAAAUUACCAGUCAUGAGAUCCCUCGCGGGGAGCCCAUUGAUACAUCUCUAGUUCAAAGCAUCCGAAUGGGUACGACUGUGGCAACAAACGCCCUACUUGAACGGAAAGGAGAGAGGGUUGCGUUGGUAGUAAGCCGGGGCUUCAAAGAUUGCCUCGAGGUUGGAAACCAAUCUCGGCCCAAAAUAUUUGACCUCGCCAUCAGACGUCCUGAUGUUCUGUACGAGCAAGUGAUUGAAGUAGAUGAGCGCGUCACUUUGGAGGACUACACGGAAGAUCCACAGCGGAAUAUUACAACCACUCCUUCCCGGGAACAGACCGGGGAAGAAGCCGACGUGAUUCGCGGACUCUCUUCCGAGGCAAUACGAAUACUGAAGCGUCCAUCCGAGAAUUUGGUAAGAUCGCAGUUGAGAAAUGUGUACAGCCACGGGAUCAGAAGCAUAGCCGUUUGUCUUAUGCAUGGAUAUACCUUUCCAGACCAUGAGGCACUGGUGGGAAGAAUUGCCCAUGAGAUUGGUUUCCACCAUGUGAGUUUAAGCCAUCAGCUUAUGCCCAUGAUCAAACUCGUGCCUCGGGCUACAUCAGCCUGCGCCGACGCAUACUUGACUCCUGCUAUCAAGAAAUAUAUAUCAGGCUUUCAAGCCGGAUUCAAAGGUGGCCUAGGCAGUGAAAGUCUCAAACAGCAACCGGGUGCCAAAGGUGCACGCUGUGAAUUCAUGCAAUCGGAUGGCGGUCUUGUGGACGUGGGCCAGUUUUCAGGCAUACGAGCAAUCUUGUCAGGACCUGCUGGGGGAGUGGUUGGAUAUGCCUUGACUUCUUACGAUCCCGUGUCAAAGAUACCUGUAAUCGGCUUCGAUAUGGGGGGAACGAGCACAGAUGUCAGUAGGUAUGGAUCCGGCCGAUAUGAACAUGUCUUCGAGACAACCACCGCCGGUGUGACUAUUCAAUCCCCUCAGCUGGACAUCAACACUGUUGCUGCUGGUGGCGGCUCGAGGUUAUUCUACCGCAAUGGUCUUUUUGUCGUCGGACCCGAGUCAGCAGGAGCCCACCCAGGGCCCGCGUGCUAUCGAAAACGAGGGCCUCUAACAGUAACCGAUGCCAAUCUUUUCCUUGGACGAUUGAUCCCAGACUUUUUCCCGAAGAUUUUCGGCCCUGAGGAAUCUCAAGGGUUAGAUGGGCAAGCUAGUCAGGUGUUAUUUGAAGAACUAACCGAGAAAAUCAACCACGAGUUGACCGAAGGCGGCCAAAGCCGAGAGAUGUCCCUUGACGAGGUUGCCUAUGGCUUUAUCAAGGUAGCAAACGAGACGAUGACCCGGCCCAUUCGAUCUCUGACGGAGGCAAAAGGACAUGACACAUCAAAACACAGAUUGGCUACGUUUGGAGGAGCCGGGGGCCAGCAUGCCAUUGCCAUUGCCGAGAGCCUAGGCAUUCACCAGAUCUUGAUUCAUCGUUAUUCCUCGGUACUCUCGGCUUACGGAAUGGCACUCGCAGAUGUUGUUGAUGAAAACCAAGAGCCUGAAUCAAAGGUUUGGGCUGAUGAAGGCAAAGGAGGGGUUCGGGAUGCACUUGGUUUGCGAAUAGAGGAUCUCAAGAAAAGAUCCACGCGGAGGUUACGAGAUCAAGGCUUCGACAAUGAUUCGAUCGUGUUUGAAGAAUACCUCAAUAUGCGUUACCGAGGUACAGAAUCUGCUUUAAUGAUACUCAAACCCAGCAAAGAGGAGGCCGAUAUUUUCUUUGGCGGUGAUGAAUGGGCCUUCGGCCAAGCGUUCGUGAGGCAACACGAUCGAGAGUUUGGUUUUACUCUCCCGGCACGAGAUAUUAUUGUGGAUGAUGUGCGAGUGAGAGGAAUUGGGAAAUCAUUCAAGAUAUCCGAGAAGACAGUGGACCAACAAAUACAGGAAUCCAACCCAAAGGAUGUGUCGGAGGGAAAGGAGUAUCGUAAGUCUCAUGUGUUCUUUGAGGGAGGCCGGCACGAAACGCCAAUCUAUAAAUUGGACGACUUGAAAGUUGAUGAACGAGUGAGAGGCCCGGCGAUUUUGGCCGAUGGCACCCAGACUAUCGUGAUCACUCCAGGAGCUUCAGCGCUCCUCACCAAGACCCACGUCGUCAUCAAUAUCGAUGAACCUGAUGCCACGCAGCCAAAAACCGGCACUGACAGUGUGAAUCCUAUUUUGCUGAGCGUCUUUUCGCACAGAUUCAUGGCGAUUGCGGAGCAAAUGGGACGUGCUCUGCAGAAGACGAGUGUAAGCACCAAUGUUAAGGAGCGACUUGACUACUCUUGCGCGUUGUUCGAUGCGGAAGGUGGAUUGGUUGCGAAUGCACCACAUUUGCCUGUCCACCUUGGUAGUAUGUCGACGUGUGUGCGGAUACAGGCCCAGAUUUGGCAGAAUCAACUGGAGCCUGGAGAUGUAAUCGUGUCAAAUCACCCCGAAUUCGGGGGCACCCAUCUCCCAGAUAUCACAGUCCUGCAGCCUGCGUUCAGCCAAGGAAAGAUUAUCUUCUAUGUCGCCUCCAGGGCGCACCACGCCGACAUUGGAGGAAUACUUCCGGGAUCCAUGCCACCCCAUUCGAAGGAGCUUUACCAGGAAGGCGCAGCCAUCAAAAGUGAAAAAUUGGUAUCAGAAGGCAGGUUUAACGAGGAGCGUGUCAUAGAAUUGCUCUAUGAGGAGCCAGCUCAGUAUCCAAACUGCAGUGGAACUCGAUGCAUAGCAGAUAACUUGAAUGACCUCAAGGCCCAGACUGCUGCGAACAAAAAAGGAAUCAAUUUGAUCAACACACUAAUCGAAGAGUAUGGCGAAGCUAUCGUGCAGUUCUAUAUGCACCAGAUUCAAGACAAUGCAGAGCUCAGCGUGCGCAACCUAUUAAAAGAUAUCAGCAACAAGUCUAUUGGUCGAGAGUUGAGCGCCAUUGAUUACAUGGAUGAUGGGAGCCCUAUUCAAUUGAAAAUCUCCAUGGACGAGGAAAAAGGAGAGGCGAUAUUUGAUUUUGAAGGGACAGGGCCGGAAGUAUAUGGUAAUAUCAAUGCGCCUGAGGCUGUCACAUACUCUGCUAUCAUCUAUUGCCUGCGAUGCCUUCUUUCAGCAGACAUCCCCUUGAACCAAGGUUGUUUGAAGCCAAUUGAGGUUCGAAUCCCUCCUGGAAGUUUUCUAUCCCCCUCCGAAUCAGCCGCCGUGGUAGGUGGCAAUGUUUUGACGAGCCAACGAGUGACCGACGUCAUUUUAAAAUGCUUCCAGGCUUGCGCCGCGUCGCAGGGUGAUACCAACAACCUUACAUUUGGAUUUGGGGGGAACAUGCUCGGCGAGACGGAAAAAAAAGGGUUUGGUUACUAUGAAACCAUUGCUGGCGGCAGUGGGGCUGGUCCGACGUGGGAAGGCACUUCAGGGGUUCAUACACACAUGACCAACACCCGGAUCACUGACGCAGAAGUAUUUGAACGGCGAUAUCCUGUGGUUCUUCGAGAGUUCAGUCUACGACCGAACUCAGGAGGUAAUGGUCAGCAUCGCGGUGGGGAUGGCGUUGUACGGGACAUUGAAUUUCGGAUUCCCGUGCAAGUCUCUAUCCUUUCCGAGCGAAGGGUCUACCAUCCAUAUGGGCUGGAGGGGGGUGAGGAUGGCCAGUGUGGUCAGAACAUCUGGGUGCGCCGGAUAAAAAGACAGGAUGGAAGUUGGUGGGAAAGAUCCGUCAACCUAGGUGCGAAGAACUCCGCUCAGAUGCAAGCAGGAGAGCGCAUUAUUGUCCGUACACCCGGAGGAGGAGGAUGGGGUCCGAUAGGAGACCACAGCCAGCUUCUCCGAGAAGAAGAUCACCGUCGUGCUUGGCGAGCUGGUUCUAUUGCCAACGCCGUGGCGAUGCAAGAAGCGAGCAUGUGA